AAAAAGUUCUUUCCAAACCACUUCUCGUCAGCAGGGAUUAGAAACCGAAUCUCUCAUUCUGCUGUUACUGAAACAACUUACUGUGCAGGUUCAGACAUAUUUCUAAAAAGAAGAAAACAAAAGAAAGGAAGACAAAUACCACUCGUCCUGCAGGAAUGAAAAUCAGUCUGGUCCAGACAUGCUGCCUCAUGGUCGUCUACCUGCCAUUUGCCCUGUCCAUGACCUUGAACUCAAAUAGAGAUUCCACUUCCGCCGGUGAUUUGUUAGUUGACAGCGAUGCAGAUGUGUUCAAAAAAUCAUUUUCCGACAAAUUCCAACGGCUGUUUUCUGGACCAGCUAACAAAGAAACAGAGAACAUGAUUCUGAGGAUCUUGAAAAUUGGGGAGGAAAAAAAGAACGGAGAAGAGGCUGAAGAUGAUGGAGGUUUUGACAAAGAGCUGCAAGUGAAACGGUUGAAGCCGAGCUUCAAUCCGACCGGAUGGCGUCGAAAGAGAGAUGCGAACUGGACCGCAGCCUUGACGCAAGCGCUGAGAGACGCGUCGGGACAUUUUAAUAGCCCGGAUGAGGAUGACUCGAGCAACCAGCAAUGGCGGAAGCGAACUACGAGUUACAGAUCGUCCGGACGUUAUGGUACAUCUCGAAAGCGUUACACCGACCGUUCUUCAAAGCGAAAACCAUUGCAGUUUAAUCCUACAGGCUGGUAACGAGGAAGCAUCCAUAAAAACUUAAUGGAUCACACGAACAGCACGUGUGCUGGUAGCAAAAUAAAAUAAAAAAUGAAAUGAAAAUAAUCACCCCAAGCAAACAAGAACAAAAUUAUGUUUAAAGAAACACACGUGAUUUGGCUACUUAACUGCUAACUAACGUAGCUAGCGGGAAUUGCUGUUGGCUCAAUUGGUAUUGUGCUGGAAUCUAAUAUAGAAAAUCACUGGUUCGAAUCCUCUCAGUGGAGGUUCAUUUAUCUGUUCCAUUUAGUUUUAUCACGUGACUAUACUUUAUCAUGCGAUGUGACUUUUUAUCACGUGACUGAACAGUGCCAUUAAUCGAGAACGGCGUGGUACCAGACAGUGCUAGAAAGGAUUUAUAAAGAUUCACUUCUCAAGUAUAAAGUUAUUUCCUUAGAAUCCUAUAGGUGAAUGUUAAUUUACAUUUUUCUUUAGUUUUAACACAUGACUUUACUUUAUCGUGUGAUUUAAUUUUUAUCACGUGAUUGAACAGUGAACACUGGCAUUAAACGAUGAGAGCAUGAUACCAGACUAUGCCACAAGGAUUUUUAUAAAGUUUUACUUCUCAAGUACAAAGGUAUUUCCUUCGAAUCCCAUUAGUGGAGGUUAAUAAUUUUAUUUCGUUUUAACACACGACAUUACUUUAUCGUGUGAUUUAAUUUUUAUCAAGUUAUUGAACAGUGAACACUGGCAUUAAACGAAAACCGAAUAAUACCAGGCUGUGCGACAAAUAUUUGAUAAAAAUUUCACUUCUCAAGUAGAUAGUUAACAACCCUGCAAUUAAGAAAAUGUCCUCGGCAAAAAAACCCCACCCAAACAUGCCAUUGAAAAAAAUCCUGAAUAUAGUUCAAGACAAAGAAAAGUGCCGUGGAGAAUUAAAAACUCCACGGCAAUCGCCACGAUAUUGCCGAUUGCCGCUGGCAAUUGCAGGAGUUGCAGUUAUUUCCUUCUAAGCCUAUCAGUUUUAACACAUGACUUUACUUUAUCGUGUGCCACAAUUUGUUUUUAAAUAAUAAAGUUUCACUUCUCAAGUAGAAAGUUUUUCCCCUAUCAGUGCAGGUUAAGUUAUCUGUUACGUAGUUUUAUCACGUGACUUUAAUUUAUCACAUGACUUUAGUUUUUAUGACCUGAUUGAACAGCGACAUUAAACAAAGACAUCGUGAUCACAUGCAGUGCCAGUUCUCAAGUAACAAGGUAUUUCCUUCAGUUCGUGCCCUGCCAGUGACACAAGAUUAAUCACGACACAGCAGCGUAGACAAAUACGAGCUCACCAAGUAAUUGCAUUCAAGAUGGCGCUAUUAUACUUCCUGUUGGUGGAAAAUCGCAGGUGCGUUCGGUUCAGCAAAACCCAUUCAACCAGGUGUUGUGAGAUCAACAAACUUAGCAAAUUAGAUUUUCUCUUCCUCGAAUAGCCAAGACUCAUGAGGAUAAUUAAUAGGUGAUGUGGGGAAUGUCUUUUUGCAAACGAUUUUCAAAGAAGAGAAAGAAUCUGUCAUCGUAAAACGGCCAUGAUAAUAACUCCAGUACUGCGUUAUAUCAGAGAAAUUCUUUCUUUUUUCUUUUUUUUUCUUUUUAAACAGUCGGAUGAACUUUUGUUCUUCAUUUUCAUCAGUGGGUGUUUUAAAUGAAUGAUUUCCUUCUUCGGGGUUUUCUUACACUAUUAGCAGUUAAUUAUAUCUCAAGAUGGAACGACCACAACUCAAACCGAUUUCUAGAAGUGUUGCGCUCUUAGACACUGAAGUUAGACUGGAAUUGUGCAGGCUAUUCUGGCUGGUAACGGAACUACCACACAUAUUGACAUAUCACUGUAUUUGAAGAAAGCUGUCUACAAUUCAAAUGCAUUAUUUUAUUUUUCUUUAAACUUUUAUUCGACGAUAGAAUCCCUCUUACCCUUACACUACUGUAGAGAAAAAAAAACCCAACAACACUAAAAUUGUUACGCUCUAUAACAUCACAGUUAUGUUGAUGUCUUGCAAUGUGUUCGAACUAUAGAAUGACAUGAUAUAAUAAUCUAAGGACCUCAUAGCUUACUGUCCCUAUAAACCAUUUAUUAGGUUUUCUUAAAACACAUCUGGUCUUAAAGGCAUACUGUCACGGAUUUAAGGACCAUAUUUCCCUAAAAAUUGAUAAUAAAUAAAAAUUACAUUAAUUGUUGGAAACCAAAUCUAGCUAUCGCAUCACCUUAACUGAACCAUGAUGGA